UCGAGACAUGAUGCACGCAGGGGCCUCCGGGCCGCGUAUCAAAUACCGUCGUCAAGCUGUCGGAGCUUGGCGCGGGGAAACGCGCGCUCUGGGCGCCGGGCGCUAAAGCGAUUUCCGCCGCCCGCGAUUUCUUUUUGUCCUGUUAGCCUGCUUGUGGACGGUGCAGCUGCUGCGCGCCGCAACUUUUUUUCUUUUUUUCCUUUUCCCGGCCCUUCCCUGCUUUUUUUGCUGACGGACGGGCUGGGCGACAAUCGCUAGCGCUCCACGACAUCUCUCCUCCUCUUCCCUCCUCCCGCUCUGUCUUCCCCGCUCCAGCUAUGCCGGUUGCACAAGCGCUUACGGCCACGACGACCAGCUCCUCCUCCAACAACAAGACUGCCAUCGACGGCGCCGCUGAGGGCAGGACGCGCUUGCAUAUCACGCCGCUCAACCCGGACUUGCUCAAGGUGUUUAUCCCGCCGUCGGUUCUGCCGCACGCGACUGGCAUCUCCUACCACACCGUCCAGACUUUCCCCGAAAAAGGCUACGGCUACGUCGAGAUCCCCACCAUGGACGCCAAGAAGCUGAAGAACAAGUUGAAUGGCUCCAUUCUCAGAGGCACGAAGGUGCGCGUUGAGGACGCGCGCCCGGAGAAGAGGAAGCGCAUGGUGGAAGGGCAGGCGGCCGAGGGUGAGGGUGCAGGCGCGGAAGAGAAGCCGGUGAAGAAGGUCAAGAAGGUCAAGGGCGAUCGCAAGAAGGGCAUCUUGCCUGGGUUUGAGCUGCCGGACGAGAGGCAGGUCAAGCGCGGCUGGACGGAGCCUGAGUCUCACAGCAAGGAGCGUAAAAAGGAUAAGAAGGAGAAAAGGGACAAGAAGGACAAGAGGAAAGAACAGGAGAAGUCCAAGUACACCAAGGAGCCCGAGAUGCUGUUUAGGACGUCUCUGCCCCCUAACGCCGUGCCUACGCCUUCGUCCAAGCCCGACAAGAGCCUGGAGAAGCCGAAAAAGGCAAAGAAAUCCAGCCGCGACGUUGUGGUUCACGAGUUUGCAAAGACCACGAAGCACGCGACCUUCCUUAAGGGUAACCAGGUCGCGAAGGACGCCAAGACGACGGCCGAGUUUGUCGAGGGCAAGGGCUGGGUUGACGAAGAGGGCAAUGUCGUGGAACCAGAAGCCGAGCACCUCAGCAAGCGACGCAAAGCAAAAGAGCAAGCUAAAGCAGAGCGGAAGCGGGCAGCUGAACCUCCUGCACCCGCUGACGCUGAGACCGUCCCGUCGGGCAAGUCGUCCGCGCAGCGCAUUUCCGACGCUCUGGAAGCGAAGCGCAAGCCUGCGAAGCUGGCCGCGUCGGCGCCAGAUGCUGCGUCCGACAGUGCCGACGCCAGCGAAUCCGACGCCGAGUCGUCGGUUGUUUCGGCUAGCUCGUCGGACGUGAGCAGCAGCAGCGGCAGCGAGGACGAAGACUCGGUCAACGAAUCGGAGGCCGCGUCCUCAUCUGAGGCCGAGUCCGACACCGGCUCAGAAGAGACAACCACAGAGGCGCCCGCUCAAACUCAAACCGCCUCUGCUGGCGCAGACACAGACAUGCCGGACGCCGCAACGCCCAAAGAAGUGCACCCACUAGAAGCGCUCUUCAAGCGACCCAAGCCGUCCGCCGACGCCGAGGCAGCGCAGCCGCUCGCGCCGCUAAACACGUCGUUCAGCUUCUUCGGCGGCGGGGGUGACGAGGACGAAGACGAGGUUGCCGACGCCGACGCCACUGCCACUGCGCCGCACACGCCGUACGCGCGCCGCGACAUGCGCAGCGCGGCGCCGACGCCGGACACCGCUGCCAUUGGGCGCAAGUUCCCAUGGCACGAGGGCGAGUACUACGAUGAUGAUGAGGGGGAGGAGUACGGGGAGGAGUAUGGCGAGGGCGAGGGGGAAGAGGGCUAUGCCGACGAGGGCGGGGAUGCGUACAUGCUGGACGCGAAUACGGUGCCGUUGGGCGCGAGGGAGGGUAAUACUGCUGGUGCUGCUGGCGCUGCUGCUGCUGGUGCUGGGGAUGCAGAGCAGUCGGACUUUGCGCGCCAUUUCUGGGAGCAGCGGGGCGAGUAUAACCGCGCGUGGAAGAAGCGGCGGAGGGAGAGCUUGAAGGUGCAGCGCCAGAGGGAGAAUAGACGGUUGGGGAGGAAGGUCGUCUAGUUUGUUUUCUGUGUAGAUGGCAGAGGCAGAGGCAGAGGCAGAUGAUGAGAGGGGCAAUUCAACAAUUGCGUGUGCUGGUGGUGAUGGUCAGUAGCGUAAGCAUGUAGGUAGGUAGGUAAGCACGCCGCAAACCUCAAUCUCAACCUCA